AUGUUUGCAGGUUCAACGAGUCGAAAGCAUAUCACAAAGAUGCUGAAGAAAAUCCUUCAAUUCUCAAGAAGAUCCAGUUUCAUGCAUGUUGUUGACGAUUGGGACGAAGAUGCAGCCUCAUUGCCUCCUCCAGAAGACGUCAAGGAAGGCCACUUUGUAGUGCAUGCAAUUGAUGAUGGAAAAAAGAAGAGGUUUGUUGUAGAAUUGAGUUAUUUAGCGGAUCCAGGUUUCGUGAAGUUGUUGGAGCGAGCAGAGGAAGAGUUUGGUUUCGACCAUGAAGGUGUUCUUGCUAUACCUUGCAGGCAUAGUGACUUGGAGAAAAUUCUUGAAAGCAGAAAGUAA